UUUAAAUCUAAACACAUUAGAUUACGGUUGUUAGGGAAUAAGGUGGAAAAAAGUGUUGGACGAGAAAAUAUUAGAAUUUUUUUUUUCGCUUGAUAAUAUUGUAUUUUUCAACAAUUUUUUCCGUCUUAGAAUCCGGAUCCUUGGAUUAAUUAUCUGGUUUCUUAUAAUCUGAACCGUGAUCUUUGUUAUGAGAAAUUUACUUAAAUUUAUUAAAGCGACUUAUAGAGUCUAGUCAGUCAAUGUUGUCAGCUGCUUCCUAGAAGAUAACUGAGUGGAGUUUGUCAAUCAACUUUUUCAGCAACCAGCUCUCUCCUUCCUCCCAAGUCCUGAUGAAUUUCUCAUUCUUUCUCUGAAACAUAUAAGAGCUCCUUACUUCUACUAGACACUCAAUUCUCGCAUUCUCUUUUGUUAUGCAAAAUGGCCAGAGGAGAAGAGCCUGUGAUCGGAAUCGAUCUCGGAACCAUGUACUCAUGUGUUGGAGUUUUUCAAAACGGUCAUGUAAAGAUAAUUGCCAGUGAGCAUGGUGGGAGGAAGACACCAUCUUGUGUGGCUUUCACUGAUACUGAGAGGCUUAUUGGCGAAGCUGUAAUUGACCAGGCUGGGAUGAAUGCUGCUAACACUGUCUUUAAUGCUAAACAGCUGAUAGGCAGAAAAUUCAGCGACUUGUCUGUACAGCGCGAUAUAAAAAACUGGCAGUGUAAAGUGUUCUCAGGUCCUUUGGAAAAGCCCAUGAUUUUGGUCAAUUACAAAGGUGAGGAGAAGCAGUUCUCGGCAGAAGAGAUCUGCUCCAUGGUUCUCGUAAGGAUGAAGGAAAUUGCGGAGAAGCAUCUUGGAACAACAGUAAGAAAUGCUGUUAUCACUGUCCCUGCUUACUAUAAUGACUCUCAGCGCCAAGCAAUUAGAGAUGCUGGAACCAUUGCUGGCCUGAAAGUAAUGCGCACAAUUGCUGAGCCAACUGCAGCUGCAGUUGCUUAUGGUUUUGACAAGAAGCUGGCAGGAAUCGUUAGUUCAGACGGGGAAAAGAAUGUGCUCAUCUUUGAUCUUGGUGCUAGUAACUGUAACGUGUCUCUUCUUACAAUGGAAGAUGGUAUAUUCGAAGUGAAGGCUACACAUGGUGCGAGUCAGUUUGGAGGGGAGGAUUUUGUUAAUCGUAUGGUCAAUCACUUUGUUGAGGAGUUCAGAAGGAAAAACAAUAAGGACAUAAGUGGUAAUGCGAAAUGUAUGAGAAGAUUGAAAAAAGAAUGUGAGAAGGCAAAAAGGUUGCUCUCCUCUGUCCCAGUGACCAACAUUUAUUUGGAUUAUUUUUACUACGAUGACAGUUUCUCUGCAAAUAUAACUCGUGAUGAUUUCAAUGAGUUAAACAAAGAUCUGUUUGAAAGUUGUGUGGAGCUGGUCAAGAAGUGUUUGAGGGAUGCGCGGAUUGAUAAAAGACACAUCCAUGAGGUGGUCCCUGUAGGUGGAUCUUCUAGAAUUCCUAAAGUGCAGCAGUUACUGAAAGAGUUUUUCAAUGGGAAGGAGCUGUCCAUGGGUUUAAAUACCGAUGAGGGUGUUGCAUAUGGCGCAACUGUCCAGGCUGCGGUUCUGAGUGGCAGAGGCGACGAGAGGUUUCAAGACUUGAUGCUGUUGGAUGUUAAUCCCUUAUCCCUUGGAAUUGAUAUUAAUGGUGAAAUGUCUGUCAUUAUUCCUAAGAACUAUAACAUUCCCGCUAAAAAGUUUAAGAUUUUUCCAACCACUACUGACAAUCAGGUUGCCGUGUUCAUCCAAGUGUUUGAGGGUGAACACAAAUUGACAAAACAUAACAAACUGUUGGGAAAAUUUGUAUUCUCUGGCAUUCCUCCUGCGCCUAGUGGUGUUUCAAAGUACAUAGUGUACUUUGAUAUCGAUGCAGAUGGAUUGUUCAAUGUUUCUGCAGAAAAUGAGAAUUCAGAGCCGUUGGAGGAGAUAAAAGUGCCAACUUACGAGGAUAGAUUUUCAAAAGAAGAGCUUAAGAAGUUGGUACAAGAAGCUAAGAAGUACAAAGCAGACGAUGAAGAGAACAAAAAGAAGAUGGAGGCAAGAAUUGCUGUAGAGUCUUACUUCUAUAACUUGAAGAACAUCAUCAGUGACGAGAGACUAAGUUCCAGAUUUGGGGUAGCCAGCAGGAAGAAAAUGAAGGAUGCUAUUGAUAUCGAAAACCUGUGGUCAAAUGGGAACCAGUUUGUAAAGUUGGAGAACUUGGAGGAAAUUAUUAAGGAGCUCAAGGGACUCGCAAUAUUUUAACAAUGCUGCACUUCUGGGAAUCUUGAUUUUGCCGUGUUGAUAAGUAAGAAUUGCUCGUUUUCCAGUUGAUCAGCUUGUGCAGAGGGGGUAUUCCUAAAGAUUGAGGAGGGUUCUGUCAAGGUCUUGUACCUGCUUGUGUUUGCUUUGGUUGAAAAUUCUGUUUUAUAUUUUAUCUGGUAUCAUGUUCCAUUA